AUGGAUGGAUUAGAAGACCUACCUGAAGAUCUUGAGGAACUUGAUUUGUACGACAACCGAUUAACACAUGUUGGACAUUUGGACCACUUCACACCCAAAAUGACGACUUUAGACCUAAGUUUCAACAAUAUUAAGCAUAUCAAACAUUUGGAUCAUCUCACUGGUUUGUCUUCAUUAUAUCUUUGUCAGAAUCAAAUCAGCAAGAUAGUGGGAUUAGAUCAACUCAAGAAUAUCACAAACUUAGAGCUCGGUGCUAAUAAAAUUAGGGAGAUUAAGAAUCUGGACGGAUUGGUAAAUUUGGAGCAGCUGUGGCUGGGUAAAAAUAAAAUCACCAAACUUGAAAAUUUAGGCCAUCUCAAGAAGUUGAAGAUUUUGUCGAUUCAAGCAAAUAGAAUUGUGAAGCUUGAGGGAUUGGAGGAGUUGGAGAGUUUAGAGGAGUUGUAUAUCUCGGAUAAUGGCAUUGAAAAGAUUGAGGGACUUGAUAAUAAUACCAAAUUAACGACAUUGGACGUGUCAUCUAACCGGAUUUCCGAACUCACUAAUCUUCGAGGCCUGGUCAAUUUAGAAGAAUUUUGGGCCUCGCGUAAUAAAAUCAGCAGUUUCAAGAAUGUUGAAGAUGAGCUCGGUAAGCUUCCAAACCUCCACACAGUUUAUUUUGAACAUAAUCCUUUGCAAUUGGAAAACAAGGUCACAUAUCGUAACAAACUCCGUUUGGCGCUUGGUCCAUCGCUACAGCAGAUUGAUGCCACUUAUAUAAGAAAUUAA